UGCGCGUGCGCAGUCUCCGAGGGCGGAGCCUCGCCCAGGAGGGGCGGGGCUUCGGGAGGUCCGUUUCUCUUUGCUACUUAUUUCUAUCCUGAGCAGUGCCUGCGUGGAGCGUCCACGUUGCGACUCAGCCGACCUUCUUCCUUCCUCCUGCACGACCUGGUGUGACUGUGAGCAGCCGUCUCCCGACUCUUCCUCCUGAGGAUCUAGCAGCAGAAAGCAGCUCUACUUCCCUGCUGGAGCUGGGCACCAUCGCCAUGAAGUACAUGCUGAACCUCUAUGUGCUGGGGGUCAUCUUGACCCUGCUUUCCAUCUUUGUUAGACUGAUGGAGUCGCUGGGAGGCUUACUGGAGAGCCCAUUGCCUGGGAGCUCCUGGAUCACCAGAGGUCAACUAGCCGACACACAGCCUCCCAAGGGCCUUCCAGACCACCCAUCCCGAGGAGUGCAAUAAACCUCCCUCCAGGCAUCA